AGUAGGCGCCGGACCGCGGCAGGGGAGGGUGCGCGCGGCGGCUCCGCUGAGGGGCAGAGUGUGUGGUGCUCGGAGAGAGCGGGAGAGAGAGCUGCAGCUCCACCCUCAGUGCGUCAGUGAGGUUGGAGCAGUGCUAUCUCGGAGGCCGAGGGACCCUCAGGACCCACACCUGACAUGGGACUUUACCAGGACAGGACUGUCGAUAGUCGAUUCUUCUGAAGGUCCUCGGCGGUCGGCCGUGCGAAGGUAUCACUCAAUCAACGGACUUUGCUGGACAAUCUGUGCAACGUCAUCAUUCGCCACACCAUAUAAAAGACUGAAUCCAGCCCUCCUGCUCGGAUUCUGCGGUAAACGAUGAGCACCAGCCGGCCGUUCAACUGAGUUCGUCUCACUGCCGCCAGAUGCCAGCCCAGAGCAGCGCGGCCGGCGCGCCGCCGCCGCCCGUCCCACCGCGGCACGGCCCGCCGCGAGACGUGGACGGCCUGAUCCGCGAGCUGCAGCGCAUCAACCUCUCCCAGUGCAUGGACCAGCUGACGGCCGACAUCCAGCAGCUGAGCUCCAUGGAGCGUCAGCUGGGCCAGUGGCGCGGCCUAUACGUGCGCUGUCCGGGCCCCGAGCCUGACGACCUCGCCACGGAGCCCGGAGACAAGAAGAGCUCGUCGGGAUACAGCACUGAGAGCGGCUCACCGCCAGCCAGUCGAAACACCAGCGGAGAAGGUAUCGACGGCCACGGCGGCGACGGCUACGGUACGGACGGGCGGAUUGAUGGGUCGUACGGGAUGGAAGGACGACCAUUCGGUACGGAGGGACGGGCCGACGGACAGUGCGGCACGGACGGACGAAGCGAUGAACCGUAUGGGAUGGCUGGACAGUCAUACGACACGGAGGGACGAACGGAGUUCGGAUGCAGAGUGAACGGUUUGUCGGUUAACAACCACAUGACUGAUGUACUCCCGGCGAAUCGCUACACGCCUGCUCUUCAUGCUGUAAACGGGUGUAAGGUGAACAAUGGCGCAAUGAACGAUAACGGAGUGAACGGUCACCGAGAUAACAGUGACGGAACUGGCAGCUUCGGAAGGGGUCGUGCGACAGUGGGAAGUUUCAAACCGUUGGGAGGCGCAGCGGCCGGCGGAGGAGUUGGUGCGCAGAGGGGAGGGGAGAAUGUGGGAGAGACGCGAGGCUGGAGAGGAGUCCAGACAGCUGGGGAAGGCUUUGGGUUGAGGUCGGCAUCGUUUGAGCGAGAGACGCGAGCUGUGCAGCCGCCGGUAGCGGCAGUGGCACCUCUGAGAGAUAGUGGUGGCCUGGUGAGCGGGUUUAGACACAGAGACGGUCUCAGUGGACACAUCGGACUCAGUAACGGUCCCAGUGGCGGUGUUAGUACCGGCUCCAGUGGAGAUGUGUGUGGCGGUGGCGGCGGUGACCUUUCCGCUGUGAAAGACGGCUUUACCGCAGAUGUGGCGACCAGUGCUGACCAGGCGCUCGGCGGUCAGCGUGACCCCGACCCCCGGCAGAGGUCGGUCCCGCGGUGGCGACGACAGGCCGGCCCGGACUCUCCGGUCGGGCCGCGGCGAGUCGGUCUCCUCCAGAGCAGCGUGGCCCACUCGAGUCAGUCGCGGCCGGUGACGCCGCUGCUCUCCCGCGCACCAUUCUGCCCACCGGCGGCCAGCACACCGACCCUGUCACCCAAGGUGCCGCGCUCGCCAAAGACGCUGCGGUUCGCCGCCUCGCAUGAACUGAUUCCGCCCGACUCGCCGUCCCGCCGCCAGGUGUCGGGUGGAGCGCCGCCGCGGCCGGGCAUCCUACGGAGCCGGGCCAGCUCGGUGGAGCGGCCGGAGGCGCUGAGCCGGCCGGCGCCGCCCGGCUGGCGGGCCGGUUCCUCCAGCUCCAGCCCGUCGCCGGGCCGCGGGCGGCGCGCCGGCGACUCGGCGCAGGAGGCCACAGACAGCGCCGAGCGCUUCAGCCGCGUGGUGUCGGCGCUGAGCCGGCUGGAGGCGGAGCUGAGCGGCGUGCAGCGGCGGCCGCCGCCCGCGCGCGCCGCCUGUGGCACGGCCCAGUUCGUCCGCCUGCCGCCGCGCCGUCAGCUCUCCUUCACCGCGCUGCCGCCGCCGCCGCGCCACCCGCCGCUGCUCACCGGGUCGGCCACCGACUCGGACGACUCUGACUCGGAGUUCGAGUCCGACUCGCGGUGGCUGGUGGGUGCGGCCAGCGCGGCGCGGCCGCCGCCGGCGCCCCCGUCCGAGGACGACUUUGAGGUGUCCCGGGGCGCCCGGCUGCCGCCGCCGUACCCCGCUCAGCCGCCGCGGCGGCGCCGGCCCUCCCUCUCCUGGCUGCUGAGCUGCGGCAGCCGCCGCCGGCCGCCCUCGCCUCCAUCCACACUCCUGCCGGCGCCGCCCCGCGAACCGCCAGUGACCUCCGCCGGCGCCGCGUACGGCUGCAACCUCUGCAAGGCGCGCUUCGCCGAACACUUUCAGCUGGUGUCGCACGUCCACGAGCGGCAUGUGCGCGUGCAGAUGAGGCCCAAAUACAGCUGCGGACUGUGCCCGGCCAGGUUCUACGCCAGCAAGUUCCUGGCGCGGCACUGCGCCUACAAUCAUAACUCGAUGGGCGACGCGCGCACCCCUCAGUGCUUGAAAGCGGAGAGUGCCACCUGAGCUGAGACAUCUGGCGCCCAGAUGGAGAAACUGUGGUUCUGUUCUGAAUCUGAUAAGUGGCGCGGGUCACCGGGUGUUGUCUGACAGUACAAACGAUGCUUUUCGAAGGGGACCUGACAUGAAGUGAUGUGUGAAGCGAUGUGAUGACGUGUGGACGUGUGAUGAACGACAGGUUAAGUGCAUAUUUGGGACGUAAAACAUCUAACCAGUAUUAACGCACGGCUACACAGUACACAUGCUUACCACCCAGCGAAACGUGAAUAAUUCGGCUGCAUGUAACCAUGCAUAUUUAAAGUUUAUUCUAACGAGUAAUAACUCGGUAGUACUCCGACAGCCUAGUGAGCCAAUCCGGCUUAUUUUUCUUGUAAUAACGGCUGUGCUAGUCAUGGCCGACUGGCCAAUUCGCUGUGUGAAAGGCCCGUGUCGCGAUGGGUAUGUGUGGUUCGGAGGAGGACCAGUUUCCCGAGCGGGACGCAUUGUCCAUCCGCCGCUGUAUGUAUGGGGGACUUCUGAGCCCUGUUUCAUGGCUCAACGCUACAGCGCGCCACGCGUAUCGCAGUAUUGGGUUUCCAACAGCAACAAGCUCGGACAUUUUCAAAGUUGGAGCGUCCGAGUGUGUUGCUGUUUUCAUGGAAACCCAAUACCGCGAUACGCGUGGCGCGCUGUAGCGUCGUGCCGUGAAACAGGGCCCCGGUCUUGCAGUAAGGACUGGUGGCGACGCAAGUUACAGGAAUCCAUUCCAACUGAGUCAGGCUGCCCUGAAAUGUAUACCUACUCCCUCACAACUACCAAAAUGACCCAGAAUAAAUGACCAAAAUGAGGAUCAUCUAAUAUUCUUCGCCGAGCACAG